UACAGGGACCGUGCACAUCGUGCACGGAUUCACAUCGUGCACGCGAACUCCAUAACGUGCCAAUUUCCUCAACACCAUAACUUCACAACGGCAUGGAUUUAGAAGCUGCGCUUGAAGCCUGUGACAGAGCAGAUGCAGCUGGUGAACUUUCUUAUACCAAAAUUGCUGACCAAAGCUUAGUGUCGCGAUCUACGCUGUCGCGGCGGCACCUACGCGUAUGCGCGUCGUGUGAAGAAGGCAACUCCACACGUCAAAAGCUCAACCCACAACAAGAGUAUGAGCUUGUUAGUUAUAUAAAUGAGCUUACAGAGCAAGGGCUACCACCUACAAGGCAAAUAGUGCAAAACUUUGCAUCAGAAAUAGCCCAACAGUACGUUGGAGAUAGCUAGGUUACCAGGUUCCUGCACCGUCACCCCAAUGAGCUCCUAUACAAAUGGACCUCCGCCAUGGACGCCUCACGUCACAACGCCGACGAUAGCGAAAAGUACUCAUACUAUUUUAACCUACUACGUUCCAAGAUCGACCAAUACUCUAUC